GAAAAUAAGAUAAAAAGAUACAAUUGAGUGAAGAAACAGCUGCUCACGAUGGAGCCAAAGGACACACCGAUAACUCCAUGCAGCCUGGGCCCCGGCUCUGGUCUGGAGUUUGGCUCCUUUGUGAGCAGCCUUUCAUCACUUACACCAAAGACAGAGGAAGAGGAGAAACCAGAAAUAUCAAGGAGACGCUCCUACAUAGCUGUGGCCGUGCUUUGCUACGUCAACUUGAUCAACUACAUGGAACGGUUCACAUUAGCAGGUGUCCUUUCCAACAUUCAGAAGUUCUUUGAUAUAAGUGACAGCACAGCCGCACUUUUACAAACAGUUUUCAUUUGCAGUUUCUUGCUCUUGGCCCCUCUCUUUGGUUACCUUGGGGACCGCUACAACCGGAAAUACAUCAUGAUUGGUGGUUUGAGUGUGUGGCUUGCGACUGCAGUUGGCUGCUCUUUCGUCACUAAAUCGCAAUUCUGGCUCCUGAUGCUGCUGCGAGCCAUCGUCGGGGUCGGAGAGGCCAGCUACACCACCCUUGCUCCCACCAUCAUUGGUGACCUUUUUGUUGGGGAUAAACGGAGCACCAUGAUCUGUGCCUUCUACGUCAUUAUGCCAAUUGGAAGUGGUCUUGGAUUCAUGGUAGGUGCAGGGGUUACAUCUCUCACCGGAGACUGGCGCUGGGCUUUCAGGAUUAAUCCCAUCUUGGGUUUUGUGGGACUUGUCUUGUUGGCUUUCUUAUGCCCCAACCCACCCAGAGGUGCUGCAGAGACACAUGGAAGGGGAGUCACAGGGAACAGCUCUUACCUGGAAGACAUCAAGUAUCUUCUGAAAAAUAAAAGUUAUGUACGCUCAUCAUUUGGAGUGACAUCCACGACGUUUCUCGGCGGAGCCCUGGCUUUUUGGAUGCCCACUUUUCUGUCCAGAGCUCGGGUCAGUCAGGGACUCCAACCGCCGUGUGUCAAAGGGCACUGCAACCACACAGACAGUUAUAUCUUCGGUGCUAUUACGGUGGUGUCAGGCUUUCUGGGAGGAUGUCUCGGCAGUGCUAUAUCUAAAUGGUUUAGGGACAAGGUCCCAAAGGCGGACCCACUCAUCUGUACAGUUGGCCUGCUAGGAUCGGUUCCCUGCCUCCUCAUCACCAUCUUUGUGGCAUCAGCAAGUAUCCCCGCCACUUAUGUAUUCAUUUUCAUUGGUGAACUGCUGAUAUCACUCAACUGGGCUGUCAUGCCUGAUAUACUGCUGUAUGUUGUUAUACCGACCAGACGGUCCACAGCUGAGGCCCUCCAGACAACACUCUGUCAUCUCCUGGGUGACGCUGGGAGUCCCUACCUAGUCGGAGUGAUCUCUGAUGCUAUACGCAAAUCCAAAUCUGCAACACAUCAAUGGAACUUCCACAGUCUGCAGUACAGCCUUGUCAUCCUCCCGUUUGUUGGGCUCCUGGGUGGACUCUUUUUCUUCUUGGCUUCCUUCCACAUUACAGAAGACAGGAAGGCAGCUGUGCUAUCAGUUGAAGGAGAUCUCCCACCACAGCAGGGUCCUGGAUCUGAGCCCCCGGUGGAACAGAGCAAUGGGGCGAUUGAAUAAAGCUGGACAAAGGCCUCAAUGCAAUUAAUUUAUUAGUAAAUAUUUGAAGUUAAACUGCUGGUGCUGAAAGCAGGAUGUUUAAGGUAUCUUGAAAAGAUGCAUCUUUGUCACUUUGGAGCUAUACACUGAUGACAGAUGCAAAAAAAUGUGUUAAUUCACAUUUUAAGACUAUCGAAUUAAAUGCCUUUUUUAAAAAUGUUUAUACGUUCAGGGUCAACCUGUAUUUUCUACGGCUACUCUAAAAUUUGCCUCAAAGGGAUGAACAAUCAGUACAACACCUUUUAACCUUAGA